AUGGAUCCUCGAUCAUCUGCGAACCGCAGAACAUCGCUAGUGGACACCUUGACGGGUGCGCUGGCAAGACGCGAAGCCAAGUCUGCCCGUCGCAGGCUCACCGUGCUCCCCCAAUCAGCCGCUGAUUUCUCCUCUAACGACUUUCUCUCCCUUUCAACAUCAACGGCAUAUCGUGAGCGCUUUCUGUCUCACUUAAACAACACUCCGUCAUCGUUUCCUUUCGCUAGCGGAGGCUCUCGAUUAUUAGACGGCAACUCAGCUUAUGCGGAGGAGCUCGAGAAAUUCGUGGCCGCAUUCCACCAAGCUCCAACUGCGCUAUUGUUCAAUUCCGGCUAUGACGCCAAUGUUGGUGUGCUCUCCUGCAUUCCACAGCCUGGUGACUUGAUUUUGUACGAUGAGCUCAUCCACGCCAGCGCUCACGAAGGCAUGCGACUGUCACGGGCGGGAAGUCGAAUGCCAUUCGCACACAGUUCGCCAACCAGCCUGAGAAAUGCUCUUCAAUCCCAGAUCAUGGCAGACCAGCGGAUCCGCGAUGGUACUCGCAACGUCUUCAUCGUCAUUGAAUCCAUCUACAGUAUGGAUGGGGAUGUAGCUCCGAUCAAGGAGUUCAUCAGCGCAGUCGAUGAGCUUUUGCCCAACGAAAAUGGAUAUUUCAUUGUCGACGAAGCACAUGCGACCGGUGUCUUUGGCCCACGCGGCGCGGGUGUCGUACAAGAUCUCGGUGUCCAGGAUCGCAUGUUCAUCCGACUACACACGUUUGGCAAAGCUCUUGCAAGCCAUGGAGCCAUGGUUCUCUGUGGACCGGAAACCAGAGAUUAUCUGGUCAACUACGCUCGAAGCCUGAUAUACACCACCGCUUUGGGAUUUCCUUUUCUGGCAUCCAUCCGAGCCGCUUAUGAGCUUCUGUCCGAAGGCGAAACUAGCCGGCUACAAUCCCGUCUUCGAGAUCUAAUUCAUCACCUUCAUCAACGUUUGAACGACCUACACACUGGAAAAUCUAUCUUCUUUGAGGUUGAUCAUUUCCCAACGUCUCCCAUAUUCUCUCUUCGAACGUCGGCACCGCGAGAAUUAGCGGGCUUCUGUCAAGAGAGGGGCUUUAUUGUCCGCGCGAUAAUGCCGCCUACAAUACCCGUGGGAAAAGAACGGGUUCGAGUCUGUUUGCAUUCUGGAAACACUAAAGAGCAGGUCGAUGGUUUGGUGCAAACAAUUCAGUCAUGGUUGGACCGGAGCUUUGCAGAAAUGAAAGCUAAACUAUGA